CACCAGAGAACCUUUGAUCAGACAUGAAGAGACUGGGCCUCUCUUUCAAACCGAUACCUUCUUAGUGUUGUUUUGAUUUCGAACAUACCGUAAACAUCCGGUCGCACCAGUAGAUUUUGUUUUGUUUUUUUUGUUUUGUUUCUUGGGCCACCCCGAUGGACCCGAUUGAUUUCCUGGACUCUGAUGAACUGCUGCGGUUUUUCCACUGUCACAAAACAGAUAUGUCCCUCAUGGAGAACCCGAGCACCUUUCUCAACAAGCUCAGAGAUUAUAACCUGAUCCCGGAGGACAGCUACAAGAAGGUGAGUCGCAUGAAGAGUAAAGAAAACACGAGAAAAGCCCUUUACAACAUUUUGGACCGGUUCGAGACAGAGCGAUCAGAGCACAUCCGCGUCUUCUGGAGCUGUGUCUUCAAGGAUUCCAUCAUCAACCAGUACCCAACCCUGAGACUGCUGCGCAACAGCCUCAUGGACGGGUCUUUCCAUUUUGACUCACAACUGCCCGAGACAGUGGAGGAGGAAGGGACAGCUGAAGGGAAAAGAAAGGAGCUUCCAGAAGACGAGGAGGAAGAGGAGGAGCAAGUCAGAUCAGUGAAGAAGAAGAAGAGGAAACAGAGGAGCAGGAGCAUGUGCGACGAUGAUGAGGAGCAGCAGCCCGGUCCAUCAUCUCAGCUGACUCCAGGUCGGGGGAAGAAGUCCAAGAAAAUCUGCUUCUCUCCUCCAUUGAAGAAAGGAGAGAAGGGCGACCUUUGGACCUGGCCUCUUUAUAAGUCCCAGCUGCCCGUGACCUGUGGACAGCUGACGGGGAUACUGAGCAGAGGGAGACUUGCUAAAGGGGAGAAGUGCAUUUCUUUCCAGAAACAGUGGUUUACUCCAAACGAAUUUGAGAAGAUUGCAGGGAAGAAAAGCUUUAAGAACUGGAAGCUGAGCAUUCGAUGUGUGGACACCCCACUGGGAAAACUUAUAAAGGAGGGGCACCUAAAAUCAGCAAGCUACAAAGGACGGCAUAAGAAGGAAUCGGCCAAGCGUUCCCUGUUCUCAUCUGAUCCUCACCAUGUAAUCACAGUGCCUGAGGGAGAAGAGGAAGAAGAAGAUAAAAAUGAGGAUGAGGAGGAUCACCUGGAAAACCAGGAGGUUUCUUCUAGCGACAGAGAAAAUUCCACAGAUGUCACAGAUGAAGAGGAAGAGAGUGAGGAACAGACUGAGCAGCGACCAGAAGCCGCCGACAGCAAAAGCAGGACAGUGUUCAAAGUAACGUGUGGGGAUGUAGCUGGGACCUUACACCAAAAACGAUUUGCCUCAGGGACUUGUGGGAAGAGCAUUCGGACUGAGAUGAGCUGGUUGAGCCCUGUGGAGUUUGUGAAGCACGCAUCCUGUCAGACAGACGCCACCUGGAAGAGAGACAUCAAGUGGGAAGGACAACCGCUCAGUGUCCUCAUAGAGGAAGAAAUCUUGAAGAUCCACUCACUGCUGUGUAAUUGCAAUCUGUGCAAACCAGAUAAUAAAGACCUGGAGAAUCAGAAAAACGAUGAUGAGUGUUGCAUCUGUAAAAGUGAAGAACCACAUCUGGUGGUGUGUGAUCACUGUCCUCGCUCCUUCCACCAGAAAUGCCACCUUCCUCAUGUGGAGGACGCCCUUUUGGAGGACGACAGACCAUGGAUAUGUACGUUCUGCGUAUUCCAAACCACUCAAGAAUGGCGUUACAGUGACGAGCUGCAAAUGAACGCAGCCAUAUCCCGCCAAAUAUCACAAAACAUGCUGGAAUGUCAGUAUCUCCUCCUGUGUCUGUACAGUGCUGAUGAGGAACAAACCUUUGCUUCAAACCCAAUCCUCUAUUUGGAGGAUUACUCCACUGUUAUCCAGACUCCAAUGUGGCUGGACAAUGUAGCAGACAAACUCCAGAAGAAAGAAUACCAAACAGUUGGAGAGUUUGUGUCCGACAUCCAGCUCAUUUUCAGCAACUGUGCCUUGUACAACCAAGCUAAUCCUAAAUUCCUUGCCAUGGGCAAGCGACUGAAGGAGUUCUUCAUCGGAGAAUUUAAGAAAGUGUUCAACAUCAGUGUUGACUGAUAAACAGUGUUAAGUUUUCAAAUACAGCGUCAACCACUAUAGUGUUAAGUCUAAAAUGAUCUGACUUUUCAUAGACAGUGGACAUGACAUUUUGGGAUCAUCCUUGCCAUAUAACAACACAUUUCAGUAUAAAGAAAACAUAACAUUGAACAGAUAACAGAAAAACAGAUAUGUCCCAUUGUUUAUUUACUCUACUUUGUACCAGAGGUACUGUAGAGUACAUUGCAAACUACUUGUUUUAUUCCUGUACAAAAGUUCAUAAUUUGCUCCCAACAUUGUUUUUUUAAUUGUCAUAUGUCUGUCUGAUAUCAAUGUAUGUAUAAAAAAAAGUGUUUCCGUAAAA